UGCUGUACUUCCUAUGUCCACCCAAAACCAAACGAUCCAAUUGGAUCUCCACUUCCGAUUUAAAUGCUGCUUAUAAAUACUCCCCACAAUAUAUCUUUCUCCCUCGUCUUCUCCAAACACAAUUUUCCUGCGUCAACAAACCAAACACCCCCACAAUUAUCUCAGCCCUCUGCUUCAAGUAGAAAGAAAAAAUUAGCCUUGAUCUCUUUUUCCAAAUAUUUGCGAAAUACACAGCCCCAAUUCAUCUCUACCAACGAGAAAAUGGUGAAUUUCAUGAUGGAUAAAUAUAUUGUCACCACUUUCUUUGUUUCUCUAUUGGGGUUCCUUCUUCUUUAUAUUUUGCGACCAAGAUUAAGAACCACCUAUUACAAGAAAAAAGACCCUAAAACCAGCCAAAAAUGUGACACCCACAACGUAAUUUCUAGCAAUUUAAUCAAUGGUGAAUGCAAAUUGGAAAAAGGGUCCGAUGCUGAUAUCAUCAUUGUUGGAGCUGGGGUUGCCGGUGCUGCUCUUGCUCAUACCCUUGGCAAGGAAGGGCGAAGAGUUCUUGUCAUUGAAAGGGAUUUGACAGAGCCCGACCGGAUUGUUGGCGAGUUGCUACAGCCUGGAGGUUAUCUUAAAUUGAUUGAGUUGGGCCUUGAAGAUUGUGUUGAGGAUAUUGAUGCCCAGCGGGUGGUUGGAUAUGCUCUUUUCAAGGAUGGGAAAAGCACAAAUGUUUCCUAUCCCUUGGAAAAUUUCCAUUCUGAUGUGGCUGGGAGAAGCUUCCACAAUGGGCGUUUCAUACAAAAGAUGAGAGAAAAAGCAGCUACUCUUCCCAAUGUACGAUUGGAGCAAGGCACUGUAACAUCCCUGAUUGAAGAAAAUGGAUCCGUUAAGGGUGUCCAGUUCAAAACGAAGGCCGGUCAAGAACUUAAAGCACAUGCUCCUCUUACAGUAGUUUGUGAUGGGUGCUUUUCAAACUUGCGACGCUCUCUUUGCAACCCUAAGGUUGAUAUCCCAUCUUGCUUUGUUGGUUUGGUAUUGGAACUGGAGAACGAUCAACUUCCAUACCCAAACCAUGGGCAUGUUAUUCUGGCAGAUCCUUCGCCCAUCUUAUUUUAUCCUAUUAGUAGCACAGAAAUCCGCUGCUUGGUCGAUGUACCUGGUCAAAAGCUUCCUUCUCUUGCUAAUGGUGAUAUGGCAAAUUAUUUGAAGACUAUGGUGGCUCCCCAGGUCCCACCUGAGCUACAUGAUGCUUUUAUAACUGCAAUUGAUAAGGGGCAUAUUAGAACUAUGCCAAAUAGGAGCAUGCCAGCUGCUCUGUAUCCUACCCCUGGAGCUCUGUUACUUGGUGAUUCUUUUAACAUGCGCCAUCCUUUAACUGGUGGGGGAAUGACAGUUGCGCUUUCAGAUAUUGCAGUGUUAAGGAAUCUUCUUAAGCCAUUGAACGACCUGAAUGAUGCAGAUGAGUUAUGUAAAUAUCUGGAGUCCUUUUAUACUUUGCGCAAGCCAGUGGCUUCAACAAUAAAUACUCUGGCUGGAGCACUGUACAAGGUGUUCUGUGCUUCUCCUGAUCAAGCGAGGAAGGAGAUGCGAGAAGCAUGUUUCGAUUAUUUGAGUCUUGGGGGUACUUGUUCAACAGGACCCGUAGCUCUACUCUCUGGUCUUAAUCCUAGCCCGCUGAGCUUGGUACUCCAUUUCUUUGCUGUGGCCAUAUAUGGAGCUGGUCGUUUACUCGUGCCAUUUCCUUCCCCAAAGAGAUUGUGGAUUGGAGCUAGAUUAAUCUCGGCUGCAUCGAGUAUCAUAUUUCCCAUUAUAAAAGCAGAAGGGGUCAGGCAAAUGUUCUUCCCAACAACAAUACCAGCAUAUCACAGAGCUCCUCCAGUAAACAAGGGGUCAGAUUAAGCAAAAUAAAUAAUUGAAGUGUUGUUCCAUGAAUAGCAUCAACAUUUAUGCACUUGCUUUUUCAAAGCAAGAAAUGUAAGUUGCAAUCCCCUCCCAAAAAAAAAUUAAAAAUAAAAAUAAAGAGAGACUACCAUAUUGUAGGCAUAUCAUACCAAUUAAGGAAGCUCAAGUAUUGAAAUCCAGUGCCACUCUUUACCCUGUAAAAUCGAACAUUGUAGCCUUUUCGUCUUAGACAGUACAAUUCAUACCUCAUUUGUAGUUCUGAGUAAGAAAUUCACAAUUACGUUUCUAUAUUGUACAUCACAGUUAUGUAUUA